AUGACGGGCCGAGGCGAUAACAACCGGUCAAGGCGUGGCCGACCUGGCCGACCUGGCCGGGGUUUGACGCGGCCCUAUGCUGGCCAGUCACGCCAUCAAGCUUUGCCGGGACAUUUCGGCGACGUUGGCGAUGACAGUUUCGGCGAACGGCGCUCUACAGGGCCACCUUCGUUACAGGCUGGUUCCAGCGCUGAACAUGGGCUGGGAGUUGUCGAUAACUACACUUCGAGCUCCUGGGGCCCUUCCAGGUCAUCCUUGCAGCCCGGUGCUGGUGCCGGCGCCGGCGCCGGCGCCGAAUAUUGGCCGAGAAAUGUGGACCAGUUUGCCCCGAGCUCCCGGCCUGUAGCUCCGGGACUGGGUCAACGAGGAGAGAAUACCAGUCACGGCGCGGGCUUUUCACCGGGCGUGUCGUCUCGAGGACUGACGCCUGAGCCUUACACACCACCGAUUGUUCCACCCGAUCCAGAAUCGCCUAUCGAUUGUCUCGAUUGCUUCACACAAUCUUCAUCACUCGGAGGCACAAAUUCCUUCACACCCCUCCACUUCAUAAACUACACAGCUGCAGAUUUUGAAGACAUGGCUCCUCGCAAGAAAGCUGACGACGGUGAGUCGGACUACAAGCCGGCAAGGUCGGCUCCGCGCAAGAGGGCCACUCCGUCCAAGGCCAGCAUGGCCUCAAAGGUGCAAACGCCCGCCGCGCCCAACGCGCCCGAGGCCUCGGCAUCCGACGCUGCUGAUGGCAACAGCGCUGCCAAGAAGAAGACCACUGCCAAACGCAACACCAAAGUUGCCACUAAAGCACAGAAGCUAGCAGCAUCGAGCCAGCCCUCAGGUGAUGUCGAGCCCCAAGAUACCCCCACGAAGGCUACCAAGACUGCCCGAGCCAAGAAGAAUGCCCCCGCUGCCACGAGCGCUUCAUCUCAACAGCCUACACCUGAGUCGCAAGGUGGCCAGUCCAACCCGGCAAGCACUUCAUCUAACCCUUUUUUCCAAUUCGGCCAAGUUGCGAACGACGAUUCACAGACAGCUACACCCUUAACAUUCGACCAGCCCUCGACUGUUGCGAAGGCACAGACGGGACGAGGCCGAGGUCGGGGUGCCGCUCGCGCUCGUCGAGCAACUGGGGGGCUACGGAUGCCUAGAAUCUUACAUGCUCGAGCUGCUACAUCCCGGCUCCAGAGAGUCACAGGUGUUGCGUCAGAGGACGACGAAGAGGACUCUGAUGACGACGACGACGACGACGACGACGACGAUUCCAGCGUAGCCGCCCCUGAUGUCACCUCACACAGAGCUGGUUCUCAAGUUCAUACCCCCGCUGACCCUAUGCCUCGCACCCAGAAACGUACCCGUACUCCUGCUCAAAUCAUUGGAGGCGGUAGCGCUAUGCAGCCGCCUCCUACUCCCCAGCCCAGCGGCCGUACCCAGACAUCUCGAGGCCAAGCCACCUUCGGUCCAGCAAUCAACCAAGCCGGUAGCGGACAGCAGCAAGCGAACUUCUCCGCCGCCAACAAUGAAAACUCCGGCAGCACUCGAGCCGAUGGCAUGCCGGAUGACUGGCCACGGAACGUCUGGUCAGGACUCGGAAGGGUCAUCGAGGAGGGCAACUGGGACGAAUCUGACCGCCUCUACAUGAACGGAAUCCAGGCAGGAAUAGGAUAUGGCAUCACGGCCUACAAGGAGUGUCUCGUAAUGGAGUUUAUCAACACCGGUCGACUUUGGGGAAACAAUGUCAUUUUCACUGAUGGCACCCAGGACAGGAACCUCCGCGCCGAGAUCAUCAGAGGCACCACGGCGUUUGAGAUAUUCGGAGCGUUGCGAGGUGGUGAGGAUUUCCUCAACAUCCGCGCGCAGAUCCAAGGCCAUGCCGAGGAGCUUGCCGCCAUCCACAGCCAGGAUACACAGCCGCAGCCUGGCGUUGCUGGUCGUUGGGACUUCAUCCCCGCCUCGCAGCAACCCACGGGAUUCUUCCCUGCUGCUGGUCAACCUUCCACUCAAUUCACAGGCAACGCAGCCCAGCCCACCUACCCCGGCUCUCAUGCUUUCAACUUCCAGUCGGAUCCCAGAACACUAUCCACCAGCCAAGACUUGUCACAGGUUCCUGGUCUGAGCGCUGCCUUGAGCCAGCCUGCCAGACAGCAGUAUCUCCCUCCGAGUGGCGGGGUUACCAACAUGGAAGGAUUCUUUCAGACACCCAACACUGAUGCUAACGUCUUGCAAGCCCCGACCGCGUUUACGACAUCCUUCGGUCCCGCCGUCGACAACAACGACGAUGCCGCCACUGCCGAACAGGGUGCCGCCGUCGACAACAACGGUGAUGCGGCGGUUGAGAACGGCCCGAUGCUCGCCGAGACGGAGAACGGCCGCGCCGUGAUCCAGAUGCCCAACAACGACCACGAACAGUUGUAG